AUGAAUCACGCUGUCAAGCAGCCGAGUCUUGUCAAUCAAUAUAUCAAGCAGCCGAGCUUUGUAAACUCAAAUGUCAAGCAUUCGUGCCUUGUCGAUCAAGAUGUGAAGCAUUCGUGGCUUGCCGACCAAUGUGUCAAGCAGCCGAGCCUUCUGAACCUCACUGUCAAGCAGUUGCGCCUUGUGGAAACUCCAGCCAAGUAG